CUGCGUCCCCCACCUCGUGGCGCGCCCCUUUUGGCCGGCGCGGGGCCCGCCCCCGCAGGGGCGCGCCCGCCGACCGGCGAGCAGGCGCUCGGCACGGGGCGCUUCCCCCCCCCCCCCGCCGCCGCAGGGAGCGCGCCCCCCGGGCCUCUCGGCAGCAUGGCGGCCGACCAGGCGCUCGCUGCGGUGAGGCAGAUCCAGGCCCUCGCCGAGGGGCCGCAGACCCCGGAGAUGCGGGCCUGCCUGGGCCAGGUCGUCGCUGCGGUGCUCGCCUUCCUGGACCACCCCGACGCGCGCGUCCGGCUGCACUCCGCCAGGGCGCUGCUGAAGCUGACCGCGGGCUACCCGGGGGAGCUGGCCGCCAUCGACCUCGGCAGGGCCAGGGGCGCCCUCAAGCGGAGCAGGGUGUCCCGGGCUGCCGGGACUGCAGAUGCGGACGCUGAGGAAAUUGAGGCCAUCCUGGUGGAGGUGCUGGAGGCCGGCGCUGCCAAUGGGGCCAGCGCCGCCUCCACGGCUGCCUCCACGCCGCUCUCUGGCGCCGUGGCCUCGGCGGCCGCGGCGUCGUCCUCGUGGGGCCCGCGCGCGGCGCGAGCCGCCCCCAACGACGCCGAGGGCAGGGGCGAGGUUGUGCUGAAGGUCGGGGCGGAAUCCUGGAGGGUGAAGGCGAAGGUGAAGGCUGUGAUCCUGGAGCGCGUCGUGGCCGUCUCUGGCGUCGUCAGCGUCACCUUCGAGGGCAGUCUCGUCAUCGUCAGCACCCGCUCCGCCGCCGUGGCCGCCGACGCGGUCUUCCUGGCCGACGUGCUGGCCGCGAUGAGGGCAGAGGGCAUCGAGGGGAUAUCCCUCGUGAGCGCUGGUGGCACCAGCGCCGGCGCAGCCGCGCCUGCAGGGCCCCUCGGGGUCCAGGGCCCGGAUGCCCCUGCCCCUGCCGCAGCGACCCCAGCUGCAGCAGGAAGCCCUGCGGGGCCGCACGUGCCGGGGGAGGGUCCCGACGAGGACGAGAGCCAGGGCGAGCCAGGCUACCUCGAUGACGACGACGAGGACGAGCUGGUCAUGAGUGGAUCGGGCGGCGCCGCGGUGUCCUUCGGCGCUCCCGCGGGCCCCUCCCCGCUCGUCGGCGGCGGUGGCCCACAGUGGUCGUUUUUCUCGCAGUCCAACUGGAUGACGGGCAGGAAGGUGCAGGAGUUCGACGACGACCCCACCAUCGCCGCGAGGCUCGCUAAGGCCAAGCGCCGCGAGGAGGCCAAGAAGGAGGAGAGUAGAUCACGCCUAGGCUUCGUCACCUCCUGGCUGGGCAGGGGCUCCUAGCCUAGAACCUUCGUGCGGAAGCUUUGGACUACCGCGCCCUGUGCCGCCCCGCUAGUUCUGCGUCAGGCUCCUCUCCUCAGGUGAGCGCGCCUGAGCGCCGAGUGCAUGCCCCCCCCGGCGGCGGCGGCGGUGUCGCGUGAUGUCGCUAGUUGUUUUUUUGUUGGUUUGAGUUUCAGAGGCCUGCCGGGGCCGUCGACGUUCUGAUGAGGGUGGA